AAUCGUGAAAAAAAAAUUAGGAGACUCUCUCUCUCUCUCUGACGGUCUCACCCUGUAGGCGUCGAGCCUCGGCCCAUGAUCUUCAUCACUCUACCCAGCUUCUCUUCUUUCUGCCUUCUCAAACAUGUAAAACAGAUUUCAACCUUUUGAUUCGUAGAUAUACAGCAACUCAAAGUUAGUCUCAAACGCUGGCUGGAACUUAUACACAUUCAUGAAUAUUUGUUAGAAGCACAAGUAGUGCUAAACAAGUAGCAGUAUUAGAAGAAGAAGAAGAAGAAGAAGAAGAAGAAGCAUGCUUAGCAGGAAUAAGGUGAAGCCUUCUUCUUCUGCUGUUGAUUCAUGGCCUCUUCUCAGCAUCGUCGCGUUUUUGUAAUUGAUAGAGAAACUGGGAAACCAAAAGGUUAUGGUUUCUGUGAGUAUAAGGAUGAAGAGACGGCUUUAAGUGCGCAUUGUAAUCUUCAGGGUUAUGAGAUCAAUGGCCAGCAAUUACGGGUUGAUUUUGCUGAAAAUGACAAAGGUGCUGACAGAAAUCAGGAGCAGGUGAGAUAUUUGCCUUUCCUUCUCUUGCAUGGCCGUGGAGGACCUGGACUUGCUGCUAAUGUUGGAACUCUAGGUGGUGCUAAGGCUGGUAUACAGUCAAAUCCAAAUAGUUUGUGCAACCAUUCAGCAUCAGCCAAUGAUCCUUUAACUCUUCGUCUUGCCACAAUGUCUAGGAGUCAGCUGAAUGAAAUAUUGUCUGAGCUGAAAGUAAUGGCUACAGAAACCAAGGAACUAGCUCACCGGCUAUUGCUUGCAAGACCACAGUUGCCAAAGGCUCUUUUUCAGGCACAGAUAAUGCUAGGAAUGGUGACUCCCCAAUUGGUUGUCUCUUCAGGUCAAUCCACUCAGCCUCCAUUGCAUGAUAGCCAGCAGGGCCAGCCACCAGCAGUGCAAACUCUUCCUGGGCUACGUCCUGCAUCAAACAAGAUGCAGUCUGGGUUGAUAGCCAAAGUGCAAGAAAAUAAAGUUGCUGGAGUGCCUCAAAAUUAUUUGGUUCGCAGCCAAUUUUCUGCAUUCCCACAACCUCAAAACCAGUUUCCACAACCUACAACCAACCAUAUCGUACAGCAGGCCAUGAUUUCUGCACAGUUUACAGUCUCAGUAUUUCCUGUUGUAUUACCCCCAUCUUUGGUCAGUUUAUCCUCUAGACCACAAAUACUAGCAGCAAAUUCCUCUUCUUUGAACCAUCAUAUACAGCCCCCUUCGCUACAAUGCAGUGGACAGGUUGGGGCUGCCAGUUUAUUCUCCUUCAGGGAGCAUUUUUCAAGAUUCAUCAGAACCAACCCUCAAAAGCUGAUGAAAUUGGAUGAAAGAAGGAUCACCUCUUUCUCAGGAAGUUUGAAUGCAACCAACGUCAAUGGAUCUGGACCAUCUCAAGUUUUUGGAGCUGGCUCAUUGCCUAUGAAUCCAGUUACAAAAUCAGAAGGGAAAUAUACUGAGAAACGAAUUUACGAGUCACAGCUUCCACCUGAGGUGGAGUCUGUCUUACUGCAACAGAAGCUGACACCAGAGCAGCUGAGUUCAUUGCCUCCAGAACAGCAACGAGAAGUUAUUCGACUCCAACAGGUUCUUCGGAAAGAUCCAAUUCAGCCGUCUUAGGGGAGGGAGUGACACAUAAAUGGGUCAUCAAUGCAGCAAGCCUGUCUUGGCAGAUUGCAUGAAAGACGAGCUUGCUGUCCAUUCAAUCGAUUUCUAAUUGCCUGUAAAAUUAUUGCUCUCGAGGGAUCAUGUGUGAGCGUCCAUUCGCAUAAAGUUUAGGGGGCUGCGAUUAACAUGCCUGCAAAAGAAUAGUUAGAAGAUAAUAAAAUGUCUUGUCUAAUCUUCCUGUUGUCGUCGA